AUGGAUAUUAAUCUUCUUCUNAUCACGGUUUUGAUUUGUUUAUUUCCGAGCUUAACCAAAUCAUCAAAGGACGACAUUAAACUUGUUUUACCCAAAUCUCUCAACCUCACCCUCCUCACCGAUCCCUCCACCAUCUCCGCCGCCUCUCACGAUUACGGAAACAUCACCACCGUGACUCCCGGCGGCGUUCUCUGCCCCUCCUCCACCGCCGAGAUAUCCCGUCUCAUCCGCUACGCUGCAGAAGGAGACAGGAUAUUCCAAGUGGCGGCUCGGGGCCAAGGCCACUCUUUAGACGGCCAAGCCUCAGUCUCCGGCGGAGUAAUCGUCAACAUGACGUGUCUUGCUGACGUGGUGGUCUCAAAAGACAAGAAGUAUGCUGACGUGGGGGCGGGGGCGUUAUGGGUGGAUGUGAUGAAAAAGACAGCGAAGAAAGGCGUUUUGCCGGUUACUUGGACAGAUUAUUUGCAUGUCAGCGUCGGAGGAACGCUGUCAAACGCUGGAAUCGGCGGUCAAGUGUUUAGAUACGGUCCUCAAAUUAGUAACGUCCUUGAGUUGGACGUUAUAACUGGAAAAGGUGAAAUGNUGACAUGCUCGCCACAGCNAAACCGAGAAUUGUUCUAUGGAGUUUUAGGAGGUCUGGGUCAAUUUGGAAUUAUAACGAGAGCUAGAAUUGUUUUGGACCAUGCACCUAAAAGGGCAAAAUGGUUUCGGAUGCUCUAUAGUGACUUCAAUGCUUUUACAAAGGACCAAGAACGUUUGAUAUCAUUGGCCAAUGAUAUUGGAGUUGACUAUGUAGAAGGUCAACUAUUGAUGUCAAACGGCUUCGUAGACACCUCUUUUUUUCCACUGUCCGAUCAAUCUAAAGUUGCAAAUCUAGUGAAGGACCACGGUAUCAUCUAUGUUCUCGAAGUAGCCAAAUAUUAUGACGAUCGCACACUGCCCAUCAUUGGUCAGGUCAUUGACAAGUUAACAAAAACCCUGAGUUACCUCCCCGGGUUCAUAUAUUUGCACGACGUGCCCAUCUUCGAUUUCUUGAACCGUGUACAAACGGAAGAAAAUAAACUUAGAUCUUUGGGUUUAUGGGAUGUUCCUCAUCCAUGGCUUAACCUCUACGUCCCAAAAUCUCGAAUACUCGAUUUCCAUGAUGGUGUUAUCAAAAACAUUCUUCUUAAACAAACUUCGAUUUCUGGAGUUUCUCUCCUAUAUCCCACAAACCGAGCCAAAUGGGAUAAUCGUAUCUCUGCGGUGAUACCAGAUGAAGAAGAUGUUUUCUAUAUAAUCGGAAUACUACAAUCAGCUAACCAACAGAAUUUGCCAGAAAUCCAAAGCAAUAAUGAGAAGAUAAUUAGGUUUUGCAAGGAAUCGGGUAUUAAGAUUAAGCAGUACCUAAUGCAUUACACCAGAAAAGAAGAUUGGGUUGAACAUUAUGGAUCAAAAUGGCAAGAUAUCUCCAAGAGGAAGGAUAUGUUUGAUCCCAAGAAACUUUUGUCUCCAGGACAAGACAUCUUUUGA